AAGCACUAUUCCGAAACGCAAAGGAGAGAGAAACUAGAGAGAGAGAGAGAGAGUGAGUGUGUUUUAGAGAGAGAAAGAAGAGAGAGAGAGGGAAAGAGAGUGUGUUGUUGUGUGAGUGGUUUUUCUUUGUUGCUAUCUCACAUGGCCUCUAUGCCGUUGGGGCCGCAACAACUUCAACCACCGGAAGUGGCGGCUCCGCCGCAAGCGGAGAAUGACCGAUUGAGCGUCGACUCUCGCCGCAGCUCCGACGUGUCGUCCGACAAGGAAAUGUCAGCUCCUGUUGCAGAGGGUAAUGAUGCACUCACUGGUCAUAUAAUCUCAACCACAAUUGGAGGCAAAAAUGGCGAACCUAAACGAACCAUCAGUUACAUGGCUGAACGUGUUGUUGGCACCGGAUCAUUUGGAAUUGUUUUCCAGGCAAAGUGCUUGGAGACUGGGGAGCCAGUGGCUAUAAAGAAGGUCUUGCAGGACAGGCGAUACAAAAAUCGUGAACUGCAGUUAAUGCGUUUAAUGGAUCAUCCAAAUGUAGUUUCCCUGAAGCACUGUUUUUUCUCUACGACAAGCAGAGAUGAACUUUUUCUGAACUUGGUGAUGGAAUAUGUCCCUGAGACGAUGCUCCGAGUUAUAAAGCACUAUGGUAGUAUGAACCAGAGAAUGCCCCUAAUCUAUGUGAAAUUAUAUACAUAUCAAAUCUUUAGGGGACUGGCAUAUAUACAUACUGUACCAGGAGUUUGCCACAGGGAUGUGAAGCCUCAAAAUCUUUUGGUUGAUCCACUCACUCACCAAGUCAAGCUUUGCGAUUUUGGGAGUGCAAAAGUUCUGGUGAAGGGUGAAUCAAACAUUUCUUACAUAUGUUCACGGUACUAUCGAGCCCCAGAACUAAUAUUUGGUGCAACAGAAUACACAACUUCUAUCGAUAUCUGGUCAGCUGGUUGUGUCCUUGCGGAACUUCUUCUAGGCCAGCCUUUGUUCCCAGGAGAAAAUCAGGUCGACCAACUUGUGGAAAUUAUCAAGGUUCUUGGUACUCCUACUCGAGAAGAAAUUCGAUGCAUGAAUCCUAAUUAUACCGAUUUCAGAUUCCCCCAUAUCAAAGCUCACCCUUGGCAUAAGGUUUUUCACAAGCGAAUGCCUCCUGAAGCAAUUGACCUUGCAUCAAGGCUUCUCCAAUAUUCACCAAAAUUACGUUGCAAUGCACUGGAAGCAUUGGCACAUCCUUUCUUUGACGAGCUUCGUGAGCCCAAUGCCCGGCUACCUAAUGGUCGUCCUCUGCCUCCACUUUUUAACUUUAAAGAGGAGCAGUUAGCUGGAGCGGACCCUGAACUGGUUGUUAAACUCAUCCCCGAGCAUAUCAGGCGGCAAACUGGUCUAAGCUUUCUGUAUCCAGCGGACACUCAAGCCCAAGCUCAAGCCCAAGCUCAAGCCCAAGCUCAAGCUCAAGCUCAAGCUCAAGCUCAAGCUCAAACUCAAAUGUAAAGAGAUAGUGAAACAUAGAGUCUACCGCUGUAGUGAUUAGUGCGAAACACAUGAUGGCCUGCUUGUGGUCAAAUAGAACAGGGGUCAGGCCUAAAGAUGCAGUUUUUCUCCCCUUGUGAAGAUGUAUACAUGUACUGGAUGAUACUCAGUGUAACCCGGAAAUGUUGAUUAUGUCUAAAUGUCUAAUAUUUCAUUCUAGUUAUACUAUACUUGUACCUUGCAUCUCUA